GGAGGCCUGGCCGACCCCUCCGCCUUCCGCCCCCUCCCCGCUCCUAGGGGUGGGGUCCGCCGCUUGCUCCCGGGCGGCAGAGGUCUCCGGGCGAGAGGGAGGGGCCGACUUUUCCGAAGAGACUGCAGUGUCCGCAGAGCCGGGACAGGCGCCCGGGCUGGGGGUGCGGGGAGGGGCAGGCGGCGCGAUGGCUGCCCUCCUCCUCUUGUCCACGCUCUUGCUGCUGCCCUUGCUGCUGCUGAGGCUGCGCCUCUGGCCGCAGCUGCGCUGGGUCGCGGCAGACGUCGCCUUCGCGGUGCGCGCCGUGCGUUGCAAAAGGGCUCUGCGAGCCAGCGCGCUGGCGGCGGCCGCCGCCGACCCGGAGGGUCCCGAGGGCGGCUGCAGCCUGGCCUGGCGCCUCGCACAGCUGGCCCGGCAGCGUCCCACGCACACCUUCCUCAUCCAUGGCGCGCGGCGCUUCAGCUACGCGGAGGCGGAGCGCACCAGUAACCGCGCGGCGCGCGCCUUCCUGCGUGCGCGGGGCUGGCGUGCGGGGAGCGGCGGCGGGGGCGCGGGACGCGCUGGGGCCGACGAGCGGGCUUCGCUGGGCGCCGGGGACGCGGCGCCUGCAGAGUGUGGAGAGGAUGGGGCGACCAGAGGCACGGCCGCGGCCCCGCUGGCACCUGGGGCGACAGUGGCACUGCUCCUGCCCUCCAGCCCGGAAUUCCUGUGGCUCUGGUUCGGGCUGGCCAAGGCCGGCCUGCGCACGGCCUUUGUGCCCACCGCCCUGCGCCGGGGCCCCCUGCUCCACUGCCUGCGCAGCUGCGGCGCGCGCGCGCUCGUGCUGGCGCCAGGAAACCAUGAGCAGGCCAGGGGCGAGGGGGGCUUCUGGCUAGCAGCAGAGCCGCGGAGCUGUGCUUUUCUGACCUUGUCAGAGUUCCUGGAAUCCCUGGAGCCUGACCUGCCAGCCCUGAGAGCCUUGGGGCUGCACCUGUGGGCUGUAGGCCUUGAAACCCACGUUGCUGGAAUCCACGAUGUGCUGGCAGAGGUGGCAGCUGAAGUGGAUGAGCCGGUGCCGGGCCACCUCUCCGCCCCUGGCAGCAUGACGGACACGUGCCUGUACAUCUUUACCUCUGGCACCACUGGCCUCCCCAAGGCUGCCCGGAUCAGUCAUCUGAAGGUCCUGCAAUGCCAGGGCUUCUACCAGCUGUGUGGUGUCCACCAGGAAGACGUCAUCUACCUCCCCCUCCCCCUCUACCACAUGUCCGGCUCCCUGUUGGGCAUCGUGGGCUGCUUGGGCAUUGGGGCCACAGUGGUGCUGAAGUCCAAGUUCUCUGCUGGCCAGUUCUGGGAGGAUUGCCAGCAGCACAGGGUGACAGUGUUCCAGUACAUCGGGGAGCUGUGCCGGUAUCUUGUCAACCAGCCUCCGAACAAGGCAGAGCGCAGCCAUAAGAUCCGACUAGCAGUGGGCAGUGGGCUGCGCCCAGAUACCUGGCAGCGUUUCGUCCGGCGCUUUGGACCCCUGCAGGUGUUAGAGACCUAUGGCCUGACUGAGGGCAACGUGGCCACUUUCAACUACACUGGACAGCUGGGGGCCGUGGGGCGUGCAUCCUGGCUGUACAAGCACCUCUUCCCCUUCUCUCUGAUUCGCUAUGAUGUCACCUCUGGGGAGCCAGUUCGGGAUGCCCAAGGGCACUGUGUGACCACUGCUCCAGGUGAGCCUGGGCUGCUGGUGGCCCCAGUGAGCUUGCAGUCCCCAUUCCUGGGCUAUGCGGGUGGCCCAGAGCUGGCCCAGGGAAAGCUGCUUCACGACGUCUUCCGGCCUGGGGAUACGUUCUUCAAUACGGGGGACCUGCUGGUGUGCGAUGACCAAGGCUUUCUUCGCUUUCAUGAUCGGACUGGGGACACCUUCAGGUGGAAGGGGGAAAACGUGGCCACAACUGAGGUGGCGGAGGUCUUUGAGGCCCUGGAUUUUAUUCAGGAGGUGAACAUCUACGGAGUCACUGUGCCAGGACAUGAAGGCAGGGCUGGAAUGGCAGGCCUGGUUCUGCGCCCUCCCCACACUUUGGAUCUCAGGCAGCUGUACACCCACAUGUGUGAGAACUUGCCACCUUAUGCCUGGCCUCGGUUCCUGCGGCUCCAGGAGUCCUUGGCCACCACUGAAACCUUCAAACAGCAGAAGAUUCGGAUGGCCAGUGAAGGCUUUGACCCGAGCACACUGUGUGACCCGCUCUACAUCCUGGACCAGACAGAAAAUGCCUACCUGCCCCUCACCCCUGCCCGGUACAGUGCCCUUCUGGCUGGAAACCUUCGAAUCUGAAAACUUCCAUACCCAAAGCACCUGAGGGGGGCCUUUGAGUGGCGCAGGCUAUGGCAGUUAUACCCAGGGCUGUCAGAGGUCUUUCAUACAUUGAUUUUCAUUGUUUUAUAAUAAAUAAUGCUGAAGCCAA